AUCUGCUGUGAACUUUGGGGCGUGGACGCUGAGGCCUGUGUUUAAUCUGUGUGAGCCGAUAUAGUCGCUCACUGACGCAGCACAGAGUUUGCACCCGCAGCUGCUGCCUUCUGACUUUUUUAAAACACAAACCGUCCGUGUGGCACCGCUGAAAUGACACCCACUGGAAUCCUGAUAAAAGGAGGAAGAGUUGUGAACGAAGACUGCUCCACGAUCAGCGACGUCUACGUUGAAAAUGGGAAAAUUGCCGCAGUCGGACUGGAUCUCCAGGUCCCGCAGAAUACACGCGUCAUUGACGCCACAGAUAAACUGGUGAUCCCAGGCGGCAUUGACACACACACGCACAUGGAGCUAGCGUUCAUGGGCACCAAGGCGGUGGAUGAUUUCCAUAUAGGAACCAAGGCUGCAGUAGCAGGAGGAACCACAAUGAUCCUAGACUUUGUCAUCCCUCAGAAAGGAAAGUCUCUCUUGGAGGCCUACGACCGCUGGCGUCAGACAGCUGACCUCAAAGUUUGCUGUGACUACUCGCUGCAUGUCGCUGUCACAUGGUGGAGUGAUGAGGUCAAGAAAGAGAUGCAGACUCUGGCCAAAACAAAAGGAGUGAAUUCCUUCAAGAUGUUCAUGGCCUACAAAGAUGUAUUCAUGCUGCAUGAUGCAGAACUCUACGCUGCUUUCUCUCAGUGCAAGGAGAUCGGCGCUAUAGCCCAGGUCCACGCUGAGAAUGGAGAUCUGAUCGCAGAGGGGGCUAAAAAGAUGCUGGCCCUCGGAAUUACAGGACCAGAGGGUCAUGAACUGUGUCGGCCAGAGGAGGUGGAGGCUGAGGCCACACAGAGGGCCAUCACCAUCGCCAGUGCUGUGAACUGUCCUCUCUAUGUGGUCCAUGUCAUGAGCAAAUCUGCUGCCAAGGUGGUGUCCAAUGCACGUAGAGACGGUCAUGUGGUGUUUGGGGAGCCCAUUGCCGCAGGGCUGGGCACUGAUGGUACUCAUUACUGGCACAAAGACUGGGCACAUGCUGCAGCCUUUGUCAUGGGUCCUCCACUGAGACCUGACCCCAGCACUCCUGGUUACCUCAUGGACCUCCUGGCCAAUGAUGAUCUGAGUGUGACCGGAACAGACAACUGCACUUUCUCUGUGUGUCAAAAAGCUCUGGGGAAAGAUGAUUUCACCAAGAUCCCAAAUGGAGUAAAUGGAGUGGAGGACAGGAUGUCUGUCAUCUGGGAGAAAGGCGUGCACAGUGGCAAAAUGGACGAAAACCGUUUUGUAGCUGUCACCAGCAGCAAUGCAGCAAAAAUCUUCAACUUCUAUCCACAAAAAGGCCGUAUAGCCAAGGGCUCUGACGCUGAUAUUGUUAUAUGGGAUCCUAAGAGGACCAGAAAGAUAUCAGCCAAGACUCACCACCAGGCUGUGGACUACAACAUCUUUGAGGGCAUGGAGUGCCAUGGUGUCCCCGUCAUCACCAUCUCCAGAGGCCAGGUGGUCUAUGAAGACGGACAGCUGAAGGUGGAACCAGGACAUGGGAAAUUCAUCCACAGAAAACCUUUCUCUGAGUUUGUUUACAAAAGAAUUGUGCAAAGGGAUCAGGUGGGGAAACCUACAGCUGUGAUCAGAGAACCCUAUGAAGGAGAAGUCAUUUCUCUGUGAACAGCUGAAGCACAACAUGAAAAGACAGUUUUUGGCUCCUGCUGUCUGUGUCUACAGAACGAUCCAGAAGCUUUCAAAAACCAAAACAAACACAGUGUUGGUGUAGCUGUGUCAUUAAAAUAAUGAGUUAUGUGACAAACCUUCACAGACAUAUCUGAUCAGCACUUAGAUCAACAUAACACAGGUUUACCUCUAUUAUAUUAUAUACAAACGGAUUCCAGAUCUGCUCCGUAGGUCACAUGUCACUUCUUUAUUUUACAUUGAUGUGUUUUAAAAGAAAAGGAAUGGGACAUUUAAUUCUUAUUUUUCUUUUAUAAUUUCUACAGAUGUAAUAAAGGUUAUAAAACAUUGUAUUGAAAUUAAACAUUAAUUUUGAAUGAUCUGUUUGGAUUAUACCCUCUCGCCCCCACAAAAGUAUUAAAAAAUAAACAUUUUAAAUAUAGGUUCA